AUUCUAUUGAAAGUAUAAUUUAAAGAAGAUUUGAUGUUGUUCCAGUUUUGAAUUUUGGUGAAAGAAAGGAAGGGUCUGAUCAAGUCCAAUACCCUACCAGCCUUAACCUGCAUGUUCUACAGCUGAAACUGGAAGAUGUCUUGGAAAAGAAAUUACUUUUCUGUGGGUCGGGGGAAUGUACAGGGCAUGUUUACUCCACGAAAUACAACCUCAAUAGCACCCAGUAAAGGUCUCAGCAAUGAACCGGGACAGAACAGUUGCUUCCUGAAUAGUGCGCUACAGGUUCUCUGGCACCUGGACAUUUUUCGCCGCAGUUUCCGGCAAAUCACGACACACAAAUGUAUGGGUGAUUCUUGCAUCUUCUGUGCUCUUAAGGGUAUCUUCAACCAGUUUCAAUGUAGCAGUGAGAAGGUACUACCUUCUGAUGCCCUGCGCACUGCGCUUGCAAAAACAUUUCAGGAUGAGCAACGCUUCCAGCUGGGCAUCAUGGAUGAUGCUGCUGAAUGUUUUGAAAACCUGUUAAUGCGAAUUCACUUCCACAUUGCAGAUGAGACAAAGGAAGAUAUUUGCACUGCACCACAUUGUGUUUCCCAUCAGAAGUUUGCAAUGACCUUGUUUGAACAGUGUGUUUGUACCAGCUGUGGUGCAACCUCUGACCCGUUACCUUUCAUCCAGAUGGUACAUUAUAUUUCCACAACCUCACUCUGCAAUCAAGCUAUUUGUAUGCUGGAGAGACGAGAGAAACCCACUCCGGAUAUGUUUGGAGAGCUACUACAGAAUGCCAGCACUAUGGGAGACCUACGAAACUGUCCAAGUAAUUGUGGGGAAAAGAUCCGUAUUCGUCGUGUGCUGAUGAACUCUCCACAGAUCAUCACCAUUGGCUUGGUUUGGGACUCAGACCACUCUGACCUGGCUGAGGAUGUGAUUCACAGCCUAGGCACUUGCCUUAAACUGGGAGAUCUCUUCUUCAGAGUAACUGAUGACAGAGCAAAACACUCAGAGCUUUAUUUGGUGGGAAUGAUCUGUUACUAUGGAAAACACUAUUCUACCUUCUUCUUCCAAACUAAAAUCCGCAAGUGGAUGUACUUUGAUGAUGCUCAUGUCAAAGAGAUUGGUCCAAAAUGGAAAGAUGUUGUGACAAAGUGCAUUAAGGGUCAUUAUCAGCCUUUGCUGCUGCUGUAUGCAGAUCCAAGAGGAACUCCAGUGUCAAUACAAGACUUGCCCCCUCAAGUGGAUUUACAGCAAUAUAGCAGGACUUGCUAUGAUAGUGAAGACUCGGGGAGAGAACCUUCCAUCUCGAGUGAUACCAGGACAGAUUCCUCUACAGACAGCUAUCCUUAUAAACAGGUGCACCAUGAGUCUGUGGUCAGUCACUUCUCCUCUGACUCGCAGGGGACAGUCAUCUACAAUGUGGAGAACGAUGCAGCUUCACAAAGCAGCAGAGACACAGGGCACCUGACUGACAGUGAGUGCAAUCAGAAGCAUGUUUCCAAAAAGAGCUCGCUGGCAGACCGCAAGAGGAGUUCUAGCCGGUCUCGGCGAAAAGGAGAUGAGGCUCAGUCAUCAGGAUACCAUAGUGAAGGAGAAACCUUGAAGGAGAAACAAGCCCCCAGAACUGCCCCCAAACCAUCCAACAGCACCAGCAGGCUGAGGGAAUUUAAAGAGACAGUGAGCAAUAUGAUCCACAGCAGACCACAACAGAUUUCUCAAACCAUCCAGAAUUCCCCUCGUGGAGAGAGUAGUGUGGAUCAGGCAGGAACACGACCCUCAAAAAGCCUGUCUGCACGCUCUCGAGACUGGGAAGUGGAGAGUACCAGUAGUGAAUCUAAAUCCAGUUCAUCUAGCAGGUACCGGCCAACCUGGAGACCCAAAAGAGAGUCUCUGAAUAUAGACAGCAUCUUCAGUAAAGACAAGAGGAAACAUUGUGGCUACACUCAGCUCAGCCCCUUCUCUGAAGAGACAGGUAAAGAGCUUAUUGAGAAUGAGGUGAAGGAACAUACUGCUCAAGAAACGAGAUCAAGCCAGUCAAAUGUCCGAUACAAGCGUGGUGUGCUGGGCCGGGGCACCCAGCAUCCUAUGGUGGAUCAACAUCCUCAUCUAAUACAGAGGAUGGAGUCUGGCUAUGAAAGCAGUGAACGCAACAGCAACAGCCCAGUUAGUCUGGACAUGCCGUUGUCUGAAAGCUCAAGCACCCACAGGGACGUUCAUACAAAGCGAGCCGGUGGAUUGGUUCCUGCCUGGCGUAACAUCCCAAAGUCUCACAGUAGCAGCAUCUUGGAAGUGGAGUCUACUUCAUCAAUUGGGAGCUGGGCAAACAGCCCACACACCACUGGAAAUGGUGGGGAGAUGUUUGUCCCUUUAAAGAGUGAACUGGAUGAAUUGCAAGAGGAAGUAGCAAGGAGAGCGCGUGAACAAGAACUACGCAGAAAAAGGGAAAAGGAAAUGGAGGCAGCAAUGGGCUUUAAUCCCCGUCCCAGCAGGUUCAUGGAUCUAGAUGAACUGCAGAACCAGGGGAGGAGUGAUGGCUUUGAGAAGUCGAUGCAGGAAGCAGACUCAAUCUUUGAAGAGUCACUGAAUCAGGAGCAGAAAGGGGAUUGUGCUGCAGCUUUGGCUCUCUGUAACGAAGCUAUAUCUAAACUAAGACUUGCCAUGCAUGAUGCCAGCGCUAGCACUCACAGCAGAGCCCUAGUCGAUAAGAAGCUGCAAAUCAGUAUCCGAAAAGCCCGGAGCCUCCAGGAUCGCAUGCAGCACCAACAGCCAUCGCAGCCGCUGCCGCCGCCAACCUGCCACCCACCACAGGGCGGCACCGUGGCCCAGUCUACAAGUGAACAGACUGGCCCGCUCCAAGUACUGCUGAGCCAGGAGGUACCACUGGAACCCAACAAAGAAGUGGAAUUUGGGUCCAGUUCUUUCUUCCACCCACCUGCUUCCUGCCAUGAGUUGCACUCAUCAUUAUAUCCAGAGUCUUCCUCCUUGCCCCCUUCUGAAAGCAAUCCAUCCAACAGGAUCUCUCCAAACUUCCAGUCUGCUUCUGCUGAUUUUCAUGACCAAGUUCCCUCUUUUCCCUGUAGGCAAGGGUUGGCAGAGAGGUCUGCAAGAACUGAGAAUGAUGCCCACCAUAGUGUGGAAUUUGCUGAUGCCACAGCCACAGGGCCAAAAGACUAUAGGGAAUGCUGCAGUAGCAGCAAGUUAGAAGAGGUUCAUAACAUAACGCCUGUUAUCACACCUCAGUACCAAUCCAAGGCUAACACAGUAAACUCUGGGUCUUUGCCUACACUGUUUCCCUGUCCACAUCCACCACAAGCAGCAUCUCCUGAGAAGGACAGCCAGCACAGUCCUUGUUCCAAACUUGCAAGCUCUCCAGUGCGGCCCAGCAUUGAUCAUGUAGGGGCCUAUCAUGCAAUGACCCCUGCAACUUCAUCCCCUACACAGCAGUGCUCCUUGGAUCUUUUGCAGAAAACAAAUAAGUACUCCAGAGCAACCAACCAUGAGCUUUUAUUACCCUCACAGGAUGAAUAUGGCACAGCAGAAGGUUGCAAAUCUGAGGCUUUUAGUACAAAGGGACAUGUUCGCUCCUUGGCAGAGCAGUUUCAGAAAAUGCAUGCAGUCUCCCAGAGAAAAGGUACUCAUGAAAAAGGCUGGAUUGCUGCAGUGUGUCAGGAUGAGAAGUCUCCAAAGUUAACACAAAAGUCUUUCAUCAACCCUACAUCCUCUGGUUACAGACAGCUAAUCCAUCAAAACCAAGAGAACAAAAACCAGUCUUCUGAAAAAUUACACUCAACUGUGGAUAUUAGGGAUGGGGUAAUUUCUCUGGAGGGUUUUAGUGCCCAACAUGUUGCUUCUAAGAGUAUUUGUUCUCACAGUGAAGAGCUGUGUAGAAGAGGUGGACAGAAUAUAGCAGACUCUGCACCCUACCUGGAAAGGCACUGUCAUGAUGGAGAAAUGAAACAGGUGGAUGAUGGAGCUACUAGUAGCAUGGUUGCCUCUAUGCCUGUGGACCGUUGGGUGGAUAAUGUUACUAGGUAUUACAGUUCUCAGAAGGCUAUUAAGAAUACUGAAUGGCUUCCUGUACCUGGGAGGAGUCCACCCCUUUCUGAUCAGAGAGCAGUUGGAGAUGACUUGAGCAGGAUCCCAGUACAUCUGCAUCCACAGUGGAAUCAAGACACAGAACAGGAGCUCUCAGAACUGGAAUCCCUCUAUCAGACUAGUCUGCAGGCAUCUCAGGCCACUAGGCCUUUCUUGGGAAGACAGGACAGUGCUAGGUAUCCAUUUGACCAAUCAGUCUCUGCAAACCUGAACGCGAGGAAGCUGCCUGCUGCAGCUGGCAUGGGUCUCUCGAAAACCCCAACAGCAGAGAUCGAGCGCAGUCUGUCUGGAUCCGCUGUCUCUUCUGUCUCCAAGGUCACAUAUACCAGAGAACAUAGCAGGGAACCAGAAGAGGAGGAAAUGUACAGUGCAGAGAAUUUCCGUCGCAUUGCUCGCAGUCUCAGUGGGACAGUCAUCUCAAACAGAGAAGAGACCUUGGUCUCUUCUCACAGUUUUGAAGCACCAAAUACGAGGAAAAUGCCAGUGGAUACCAGCCACCGUUCUUCCAGCUCCACUUCCCUUCCUUUCCCCCGUGAUCCUCCUGUGUUUUCCUUUGAUCCUCAGCACAACCCAAAACAGGUGCAGCACCUACCCCAUGAUGUACUGAUGCCCAGCAUGGUGGGCAAAGCACAUAAACCGUCAGGAGAUCAGAACAACAUCAUCCAGAAACUUUUGGUUGUGCCUGACAGGGGUGAAGCUUUCCAAGGUGAAGACUACCCAGGUGUGGCACUGAGCUAUGGGAGUCUCCCUUGUGCACCCAAAGGCACCCUCUCCCAGGGGCAAAAGCCUCUUGUUAAUCCGCAUUUAGGAGGUGGAGCAUCAAGUGUCUCUGGCCGUUGGCUGAACACGAGCUACCCUGCCAGGCAAACAGCCACGUUACCAGAUAAACGAACAAUGCUCUGGGGGAAACACGCUGGCCAGCCAGACAAGAGUUUACAGGAAGGCUUCCUCCAGCAGCCUUCACAACGUCAGAUGCAUGGAUCUUAUGCCAUGAGUUGCAGGCUACCAGCCAGCACAGACUACAGCACUUUAAGAAUAUCACAUGAGCCUUCUUGGGAUCCCGGUGCCUCUCAAGGUUGUCCUGUGCCCCCGUCUUGUGUUAAGGCCCCGGGUCCAAGGAGAGUUGAUAUGCCCCCAGAAGAAGACUGGCGACAGAACAGCUACACUCCUCAGCCUGGCAGAAGGCGAAUGCUGCCAAUGCAUGUGAUGGAUGGGACUUUUUCUUCUGCUUCGGAGGCACACAGAAAUAUGCUGGCUCGAGCAGCAGCGGCUGCUAGCACCAGGCAAAAUAAUGGCUGGUGA